UGUCCCUCGCUGCCGUCGUUGCAGUGCUGCUAUGACUUUUAUCCUUGUUCACCACCCAUGUUUAUUCUACGACAACCUGGUAGUAGUGUAGUAUACCUAACCUUCCGCGCCUUCCCUCCCCUCUAUGCUCCUUCACGUCUUACUCUUCCUCGCCUCUAACUACGGGCGGCGCGUCCAGACUAUGAAACUCUACAGAUGCAGGCAGCCUCGACACAUCAUAGAGCGCGCCACGGGGGCAGUGUCUCAGCUCCUCGAAGACGCGACAAGCUCUCCAAGGUCCGAUCGGGGGUGGUCUGGAUGGCAGGACAAAAAAGCAUUAGAUAUUAUUGAUUCACUUCGCAUUCACGUAACGCCUCGCUGCAUCCCGUUGGCAUCGGACCCCUGUCACCCUUCUCUCAGCGCUUGACCGGAUCUGAUCGCGACAACGGCU